AUGAAGCAGCAAUAUGGUCUGUACCCCCAGAGCGUAACGAGGAGCGAAUACUGUUGUUUUGAGGUGUGGGCCAAAGUUCAUGAGAAGAUAUUGGGGCAUCAAACCAAGGACAUUACAAGUGUGAAACGAAAUGAAGUAGCAAAGACGAGCAGAGAGGAGCCAUGUGGAAACCCCGGUGGGUGUGAGAGGAAGGCAGCCGAUUGGAGCGCGGAGGUGAGAAGUGGAACAGAGAAGCAGAGAGUUCGCAUGCAGCAGAGUCGUCCUCUGACGAGGAUUCACCCCCUUUCACCCCGACGAGCAGAGCACCUAAGCGAGCCCGUCCGUCUACGUCCAGGGGCCGUGGACUGGGUCGGGGUCGGCGUGCCCCGAGAGGCCGAAGUGCUGGCAACGUAG